AUUUAUAUUGGCUCAACAUUUUCCAUGAUCUUGUUUAGAAGAAGACCAUCUUAGAAUUUUCAAAAAAGUUUUGUAUAUAGCUACAUUUAAUUGAUUCCGCUGUACGGUUGUACCAUGAACUCUCCCCUUCUCCUCUUUCCAAUUCCAGCCACACGUUUCAUUAGUCAUUCCACAUACAAACACACACUGAUCUAUUCUAACUCCUCUCUCAGCCCUGUAACUCCUCUUAUCAAAUAAUGGCUGUCCUCAGCCGCCUCUCCACCACCUCUUCCGGCGGACUUCGCCGUCUCCUCCAUCUUUCUCGGCCUCUCUACCACCUCCCCAUCGUUCGACCUUACGGCAUCGCCGUCGCCGCCGCCGCAGCUGUGCAGCCACAAUUCGACUUCGACGAUGAUUACAAAAAUAAUCCUCCGCCUGUGACAGAUGCUGCAGCGGUUGAUACGGAAAGUUCUAGACCUCUGAGAGGUGUACAGUGGGUGUUCAUUGGGAAUCCCAACUCUAAGAAACAUAUCUAUGCCGAUAUGAUCUCGAAGCUUCUUCAAGUUCCUCAUAUCUCCAUUUCUACUCUCCUCCGCCAAGAUCUUCACCCUCAUUCUCCACUCUACAAGCAGAUUGCUGAGGCAGUUAAUAGUGGGAAGCUUGUUCCUGAGAGCAUAAUUUUUGGCUUGCUGUCAAAAAGGCUCGAAAAUGGACAUUACAGAGGUGAAACCGGGUUUAUUCUGGAUGGCAUUCCCCGAACACGCCUCCAGGCUGAGAUCCUUGACCAACUGGUUGAUAUUGACCUAGUUGUGAAUUUUAAAUGUUCUGAAGAUUAUUUUCGGGCAGCUGGUUCUCCUGUUGAUUCUACUGCAUCUCGUGACAGAACCAAAUCCAGCUUUUCAAAUCUUAACAACACCGCUGAAGAACCUGAGCCAAAGGUGGCUGCAUACUACAAAGAGCAGAUUCAAUUUCUAGAGGACUACUACCAGAAUCAGAAAAAGCUUAUCGACUUCCAAGUAGGUAACGCACCAGGAGAAACGUGGAAAGGACUCAUAGCUGCCCUACAUCUCCAGCAUAUCAAUGCUGUUCAUUCAUCUCGCACACUGACUAUGGGUUCCAGAGUACCUUGAAUAGUCAUUAUUUUAAGCUCUGCUGCAAUUGCUGUUAAUAUGAUUUUGAGUAAAGCCUAUCUGGAGCUCUAUUGCAAAGCUAAGGAGCUAUAUAGAAUUUUAAUACUGUUUUCCUUUAUGACUAUUAGGAUUUAAUGGGCAGUGUUAAAACUACCUCAAUGACAACAUUAUUUGCUUGAAUCUACAGGUUUCAAAGCAGUUCCAAUCGUCUUCAUAUAUUACAUA